AUGUGCAGUGUGUUCUUAUGGAAGGGAGAUAUUGAUAGCCACAACUCUGCAAGAGUGGCUUGGGAGACAGUAGUACUUACAAAAGAUCAGGGAGGCUUGGGGAUUAGGGACCUCCAAACUUGGAAUAAGGCUUGCUGCUUAAAGCUGAUCUGGAUGUUGUUCUUUCGUGAUGGGUCUGUGUGGGUCGCUUGGUUCAAGGAGGUCAUUCUAAAAGGGUCCAUUCACAACUACUGGACAACUAAACCAAGCAUCUCCUACUCAUGGCUAGCCAACAACCUCCUCAAGCUAAAAGAUGAAGUCUUCCCACUCAUCAAAUUGCGGCUGGAGAAUGGUGUCUCUGCUAAAUUUUGGUUUGAUAACUGGACUCCCUUUGGAAGCCUUUCGACUUUCCUCAGUAACUCCUCAUCAAGAUUGGGUAUUCAUGAAAAAGCUUAUGUAGCCUCACUGUGUAGGAAUGGAUCAAUUUGGUGGCUUCCACCUGCAAGAACAGAAGAACAAGUUCAGUUACAGACAUACCUCACUACCGUCACUCUCACUCAGGCUCAGGACUACUAUGAAUGGGAGCUGGAAGGUAAACCUACUCAGACUUAUAGCACCCGAGAUGUUUACACUUACUUGAGAGGAGAAAUCAAUUAUGUGAUUUGGGCUAACACGGUUUGGUCUUCCUAUGAGAUCCCAAGACACAGCUUCCUUGUUUGGUUGGUAAUCGAAAACCGAUGUCCAACUAAAGACAGACUGCUCGGAUGGGGCCUUCAGGUUUCGCCACUAUGUCUUCUUUGCAACUCAACUAUGGAGUCUAGAAAUCAUCUCUACCACGACUGCCCCUUCAGCUUUGAUCUUUGGUCCUUAGCUGCUUCGUGGUGUAGGAUCACCCCCACUAGAGAUUGGAACGAUACAGUCUCUCAGAUGAUUGGACUACCGAGAAGCAAAUCGAAGCGCCAUCAAACUCUCCUAACUCUCCUAGCUUGGAAAUCAACAAUAUACUGGACAUGGAAUGAAAGGAAUGCUCGGCUUCACUUCAAUGUAUACCGAUCAGUCGAUACUAUCUUUGCAGUCAUUGAUCGUCAACUGAGAAACAAGAUUAUGAGCUUCAGAGAAUCUAAUCCGGUUCUCUCCUCAGCGAUGUUGCAAGCAUGGUUUUCAGUGGGUUAG